AAAUUGAUAAAAAAGAUAAGCAGAAAAAUAGUCACGAGAAAGGCGUGACAGUCAUUUGAUUUUAUUAACAAUAAUACUAUCAAUAAUUGUAAAUUAAAAAAUAUUAACAUUGAGUUAAUUUGUGUUGAAUUAAUCUGAUUGUUGAAAAAAUAAAUUAUUAAUAAUGGCUCUUCAUUCUGCAGGAAAAGGAAAACUUAUUGCUGUUAUUGGUGAUGAGGAUACUUGUGUUGGAUUUCUACUGGGAGGUGUGGGCGAAAUAAAUAAAAAUCGCCAGUCGAAUUUUAUGGUUGUCGAUAAAAACACUGCAGUUGGUGAUAUUGAAGACACAUUUAAACAAUUUGUGAAACGUGAUGAUAUUGAUAUUAUUCUCAUCAAUCAAAAUGUCGCUGAAAUGAUUCGUCAUGUCAUUGAUAGUCACACUCAACCUGUCCCAGCAGUCUUAGAAAUACCCAGUAAAGAUCAUCCCUAUGAUGCUAGUAAAGAUUCUAUUCUUCGACGUGCUAAGGGUAUGUUUAAUCCAGAAGAUAUUCAUGGAUCUGCAUAAUUUAUCAUUAUUAAAAAAAUGUUUAAUA